UAAACUACUCUUUUAAGUUUUAUAAUAGCUACAGAACUUUUCUUAUCACGUGAAUGAUAUAUCGUAAAAUAAACGCAAUGUGUUUUAUUAUAUCUUUUAUUACGACACUGUCACGUGUCAGUAGUUACAUUCGAGAAGUUAAUUUUAUUUUCUAAUAAUAAUAUCUUUUUCAAAUGUUAUUUCAAUUGUAAUAUUUAUUUAUUAUACGCAAAAAAAAUGGAGCAUUAUUUGUAUUUCGAUUUAUAAUUUAACCUACAAAUUGUAAUCUAGACAAUGAUUUCUUUUGUUACUACAAAUCCUAUACUCAUUAUGAGAUUUAACUCUUAUUGAAAAAUGAAACUGAACAUUGUGAGAGGAGCCGGAUGGCUCUAUAAAGUAAACGCUAUAAAAGAACAAUUAUUUUCAUCGAAAAAUUUAUUAUACACCAAUGUAGCCAUAUCAAUCUCUCUUUCAGCUGUAGGAGAUAUCAUAGAACAACACUAUGAAAUAAUAAAGGGUGAAUGGGAAAAAUGGAGUCCAAGCAGAACAAGGAAUAUGGCCGUGAGUGGCAUGUCCAUUGGUAUAGUUUGCCAUUAUUGGUACAGAUACAUAGAUUCCAAGUUAUCUGGACGCACUAGUAAAAUUGUACUAAAAAAAGUAAUUAUUGAUCAGUUUGUUUGUUCACCACUUUGUAUAGGCAUGUUUUUUUUAACAUUAGGAUUAUUAGAAAGAAGCAAUUUGUCAGAAUUAAAAAAUGAGGUAGUAAAUAAGGCACAUAGAUUGUAUUUAGCGGAAUGGGUAAUAUGGCCACCAGCACAGAUCAUUAACUUCUAUUUUCUUCCAACUAAAUACAGAGUUUUAUAUGAUAAUAUUAUAUCUCUUGGUUAUGACAUUUAUACGAGUCAUGUAAAACAUGACAACAUAAAAUUUUAACAUAAUUGAUUUGUAAAUAAUUUUAAUAAUUGUUUUACACAUAACAAUAUUGUGGCAAAUGUAAAAAAAGAAAAGAAAAAAAAAAUGUUGUCUUGGUUAGAAAUGUCUCUAUUGAAGUGAUAACUUUGCAUAAUAAGUUUCCAUAAUGAGUUUGGCAAUAGGACUAGUAUUGUAUUAUCUUAUCUUAAAUUGAUGUAUAAGAUUUUUUAGAUAAGUGUCAUCCAAAGUAGUAUAUCUAAA